CUGCACCAGCCUUCCCCCUCCUGCACAGCGGUCCCACUGUCCACUUAGUGGCUGCUGCAGGGCUGCAGGGCUGCAGGGGGAAGGGUGCUCUCUGAGCCCCAAUGACAGACACAGCAGCACCCUUGGAAGGAGUAGCAGGUCGCCCUCCCUGCAUUUCCUUUUUUGGGCAACUGUGUCGCUGUUGUCUUAAAAAAAAAAAAAACAACCUCUGUUAAGGUCCCCUUCCGCCUCAGAAACUAUUCGGGUGGAGGCCCCACCCUGCCUUCCUGUCUCCAUCUGUCCUCAGUCCUCCAGUCCCCGCUGCUGUGCCGUGGGCUUCUCCUGGCUGCAGGGGGACAGACGGCAGCCAGCGAUGGACAGGGGGCAGUGGAAAGGCCUCAGGGCUCCUGAGGUGGUCACAAACUGGGUUUCAGGAUUCAGUAUAAAUAACUGGACCCUGGGUCAGAAGAGGAAGUCAGAGUCUCAUGACAACACAUCUGAAGUAAGGCUGCUUCUUCUGGGGAAAUCUCGUUCAGGAAAAAGUGUCACCGGAAACACUAUUUUGGGUCACCAUGCAUUCACAUCCAAGUUCAGUGAGCAGCCAGUGACCACCCAGUGUGAGACAGCAAGCACCACCCGGGGCCAGAGCAAGGUCGUGGUCAUCGACACGCCUGCCCUUUUCUCCUCACAGCUCAGGGCUGAGGACAGGUGCAGAGACCUUGACCACUGCUUGCAGCUCUGUGUCCCCAGCAUCCACGCCCUGCUGCUGGUCAUUCCCAUUGGCCACUUCAAGGCCGAGGACACAGAUGCCAUCAAGGGCAUCCUGGAGACCUUUGGAGACGAGAGCAGGAAGCUCACCCUCAUCGUCUUCACGCGGAAGGAUGAGCUGGGGGGUGACACUCUGCAAGAUUACAUUGAACAUGACCCAUCUCUCAAAGAGUCUGUGCAGACCUACGGGGGCCGGUACUGUGCUUUCAACAACAAGGCAGGUGCGGAGGAACGGGAAGCCCAGGUGAGGGAACUCCUGGACAAGGUCCAGCGUCUAGUGCGUGCGAACAGAGGGCCACACCGCCUGCAGCUCAGACACGGAGCCAGGGGACAGCAGGAAGGUGUGCCGCAGACCGGAGGCAAUCCACAUGGUCCAGGGGAGAGACAGCUGCAGUUUGCAGGCUGUAAGCCUAACCCUGAGAUGUCAGAGCUGAAGGUCCUGCUUGUGGGGAAACGCGGUGCCGGCAAAAGUACAGCUGGAAACAGGCUUUUGGGGAAGCGAGUCUUUGAGACUAAGUUCAGUGAUGUGCCAGUAACCCGGGACUUUCAUUCUGAGAGCAGAGUUUGGAAAGGGAGGAAAGUUUCGAUUAUUGACGCUCCAGACAUCUCGUCAGGGGACUUUGAAUCAAAGCUUGUGAGACACAGUGUUCCUGGCCCCCACGUCUUCUUGAUGGUGACCCCCCUGGACUCGUUCUCUGAGCAAGAUGAAGCGGUUCUUAACAUCCUCGGAAGAUGCUAUGGGGGGAUGUUCGCCGAGCACAUGAUCGUUCUGCUCACCAGGAAAGAAGAUCUAGAAGAUUCUGAUCUAGGGGAAGAGAGUGUACAGAGGUUCCUAAUAAAUGAGCACCGUGGUCUCUCUAAGUACCUGAGGUGGUGUAGAAACCGCUACCAGGUCUUCACCUACAAAGCGGUGGGGGAAGAGGAGCAGCGGCUGGUGGAAGAGCUUCUGGAAAAAAUUGUGAACCUGGUGGAGCAGAAUGGGAACAGGCCUUGUGUUUCCAGGGCAGAAACCCUGAACAUUGUCCUUGUGGGGAGAAGUGGAACUGGAAAAAGUGCAGCGGGAAACACCAUUCUUGGGAAGAAGGAGUUUACGUCAGAGCUCCGAGCUCAGCCGGUCACCAAGACCAGCGAGAGCGCCACGGGGAGCUGGCGUGGGCAGGAAGUGGUGGUGGUGGACACACCGUCCCUCCUUGGCAUGCCUGGUGAGGGAGAGCAUCGGUCCACACUGAGGGAGGAGGCUGAGCACAUUCUGUCUCUCUGUAAGAGAGGCAACACUGUGAUGGUCCUGGUGUUGCAGCUGGGGAGGUUCACUCAGAUGGAAGAGAAGUGUAUGCAGGUACUCAGAGCCAUCUUCGGGAAGGAAGUGGACAAACACACGAUAGUGCUCUUCACCCGAAAGGAGGACCUAGGGUCUGAGAAGAUUGAAGAUUAUGCCAAGAACACAGACAACAAGGCUCUUCGGAAGAUAAUUGAGAAGUGUGAGGGGAGAGUUUGCACGUUCAACAACAAGGAAACCGGGGAAGCUCGAGAAGCCCAGGUGGAAGAGCUUCUGACUAUGGCCAGUAAACUGAUAGAGAGAAAUGGCGGCUACGUCUCCAGAUGAAAGGAUAUCACGGGGAAAAGAAAUGGCUCUGCACAGUCACACUGCUAGGGAACUCGUGGUGAGAGGCAACUCAGUGGUGGGUUAAUCGCCUCACAUGAGGGAGCCGCCAAGUUUAACAGAAGCACUUUCUAGGGCAGGGCAAUGUCUUCUCUUCCUCAUCAAUAAACAAAUCUUUAAAAUGCUGACAGAAAGCACGUGUUCAUGACUUCACUUAGGAGCUAAAACUAUGUUUCCGCAGCCACCAGAAAUUACUGGGGCUCCGUUAAGCCAGCACACGCCUCACGUUGGUGGACAGGAAUGGGAGAACUGACGGGGUGGGAGGGGGCUUGAGAGGUGGGUUUUCUCACCUGCCAGGGACUCGGCUCUUUGUAGGUUUAUCUGUUAUGAGUCGGGGCAAGUAACUGUGGGAGGGGGUGUAGUGGGACCGGAAAGGAUGAAAUAAUGUUGGGAAAGCUGGGAAGACUUUUCAGAGAUCAGGCUGAUAUUGAAUGUCAAGAUCAAGACACAACAAUCCUGCAACUUGUCAAGUCAGGUUAGAGUCGAAACACCUGACUGGGACUGGGAGCCAGCUCACCUGGCAGAGCACAGGCUGGACCAUGAGCAAGGAAGCAGGUUUGAGUCCCUGGUCCCACAUGAAGUCAUCCUCAUGGAGGAAGCUUCAAAGCAGUGGAUGUCUGUGGUGGUGCCUCUCAUUCUCUCUCUCUCUCUCUCUCUCUCUCUCUCUCUCAUAAUCUCUCUUUGGUACUUGCCCUUCUGUGUUUGGCUUCUCCCAUCUAAUGUGGCCUCUUCAAGUUCCAUGCUGGAUGAUGCUAAGGAGACGUCACCAUUUUUAACAGCUGUCUCACUCUCCUUCCAUCUACCAAUGGAAAGGGCCCACAGAGAGGGGUGGAACCAUGCAGGUACAGAGGGGAAGAAACGAUCCUGCUUGGAAAAAAAAAGAGGAAUAGGCUGGGGAUGUGGGUUGAUCUUUCAGCACCCAUGCUCAGCAGAGAAGAAGCUACAGAAGCCAGAACUCCUACCUUCUGCUCCCCAUAAACAACCUUGAUCCAGACUCCCAGCAGGGGAGAAGUGAUAGGAUGAAGAUAAGAGGACUCUGCACUCCAGCUCCAUCAGCACCCAGAGAGAGAGAAGGAAAAGGAGAGGGACAGACGGAGGUAGUUAUGAUGUCAUGAGUGGCUUAGAGGGAGAGAGAGGAUUGAAUCAGGAUAAGAAGGGGUGACUUUGUAUAAAUGUGGACAGAUAGUUGUAGAGAUGAUGGUGGGCCCGUGUCUACAACUUUAGGGGAACUGUGAUGGAUUGCAGUGGGGAGAGUGAAGAUUCAGAACUCUGGUGGUGGGAUUGGUGUGGAUUCAAACUCCUAUCAGUAUGUAAUUCUAUAAUAAAAAUAA